CUUUCUCAAGGUUACCGGCGUCGGCGCAAUAAUCGAGCGAAUUAUGACUCGAUCUACUGCCUUACAGAAUAGAAGUCAGUGCAGCACACGGACUCUUUGGAGCAUAUAACCGUGCUGAUCCCACUGAGCACACCUAUUCCACGUCACAAGCUCAUUGGACGCGAAGCAUCUCUUCUCUCUAUCACGUUACCCGAUACAGACACGGCUGCAGAUCUAGAGAUGCGGUCACUUCUUUUCGUUCUCGCUGCUGUUGCAGCUCUUGUCACUCCCGGCUUUUCAUGGAGCUUUCCUGGCACUUUCCCUAUAGUGAGGAGGGAAUCGAUCGAACCCGGCAGUCCCUUGUAUGAGUGUCACGCGAAUUGCGGUGGCGUCAUUCUUAUCUCCCAAGACAGCGAUGAUUACUGCUCCAAUUCAACCUACAAGUCCGAGCUCAGUGCUUGCCUGAAGUGUGCUUUGACAUACAACAUCUGGCAGUACUACGGCGACGACGUAAAGUCUGCAGCCGAGGCUUGCGGAGACAGUGCCACUCCUAGUGCCUCUUCCGCUACCGGCGCUGCAGCCACUGCAACAGCUGCCUCCAAUAGUGUAUGUUAAAUAUCAAGUGUCUGGUAGCACACCCAGAUCUGACUGACGUGGCCUUCUUCUAAGUCCGCUACAAACACUGC